AUGGGGAAAGACUCCGCAAAUAAUGCCGGAAAAGAUGCAGAGAAGGACACAACUGACACAAAAGAUCUUGCAGAGCUGUCAAAAGCGUUUGAAAACUUCAAACGUGAUUUCAGAAGUCAGAUGAGGGAAAUUAAAGACAGCAUAACGUUUUGCUCUGAUACUUGCAGUGAGGUGAAAGAUGCAGCCAUUGAUAUUAAGAAUAUGAGAACUGAAAUGCAAGAACUUAUCAGGCAAAACAUGGAACUAAAAGCAGAAAACAAGAAACUGGCACAAAAAUGCGAUGAGCUGGAGCAGUAUCAGCGCCUAAACAAUCUUGAGAUAAAAGGUGCCCCGGUGGGAAAUGAUCCAGUGACAGUUGUAACAAAGAUAGGGGAAGCUGUCGGCACGACGAUUGAUCCGGCUGACAUCGACACAUGCCACUGGAUUCACACCCCUAAACCAGGUGUGCAGAAGAUAAUCGUUCGUUUUGUCAAAAGAACAAAACGUGACGAUAUUCUGGCGAAGUGUAGAAAGAAAAGGCUGGAUAGCUCUGUGCUUGGGGAUAAGAAAAUGCCCAUUUUUGUAAGUGAGCAUUUGACUCAGAGGGGCAAGGCUUUGCUUGCAGCGGCAAUACAGAAAAAGAAAGAAACUGGCUGGAAAUUUGUCUGGACAUCUGGUGGCAAAGUGCUAGCACGCAAAGAUGAAGGUUCACGAGUGAUACACAUUGCGGAUGAGGCAAGCCUGACUAAAAUAGGGAAUUGA